AUGAUAUUCCGUCGUGAUUUAUGCGGAAUCUUUUGCGCUUUGCUCACUUAUUUGGCAAUGGUUUAUGCGGAUUAUGUGGUCAUCGUUUGGCUCAUUACACCUAACUUUAUGCAAAGCUUAUGGGGUGUACUGCAUGCAGUGUUGUUUAAUACAGUAUUGUUUUUUGCAUUUGCAUCCCACUUUCGAGCUAUGGUUACGGAUCCAGGCGUUGUACCUAUUAGUCGGAAAGGAUUGUUGCGCUGUAAUAAAAGUCGUUUUCCAAAACUCUUUUCUGAUAGUGGUUCUAAUAGUACAGAUACCGAUCUGGAAUUGAUAGGAGAAGAAAAUAAAUUUGUAGAGAAGGACUGGACAAUUUGUAUUCGAUGUGAAUCCUACAGACCACCGCGAGCACAUCAUUGCCGUGUUUGUCGACGCUGCGUUCGAAAAAUGGAUCAUCACUGUCCCUGGGUCAAUAAUUGCAUCGGCGAAUACAAUCAAAAAUACUUCCUUCAGUUUCUGUUGUAUGUUGGCUUGUCCUCAGGAUAUGCUUUAAGUUUAAUAAUGAUGACUUGGGUAUAUCAAGAUGAAUAUGGCAUUACAGGUAUGAAGGGACCUUACGAACAAAGUAUGCAUCAUGCAAAAAUAUUGCAUACCGUUUUCCUUUCUAUCGAAAGUGCGUUGUUUGGUUUGUUUGUCCUUGCCGUUUCGUGCGAUCAGGUACAGGCAGUUCUGAACGAUGAGACAGCGGUGGAAGCAGCUCAGCGCAGAAGUUUUCAUAGUCGAGUAGCUCUGUCGCGCUCAAAAAUAACUUUAAUACGAGAAGUGUGUGGCAAUGGACCGAUGAUAUUGUGGUUGCUGCCAUGCUCAACUUUGCCGUCAGGAUCAGACAUAACUCAAUUCUCGAAUCAAUCACUCAUUAUUUGA